GUUGGGGUUUGUAACUUGCUUAGCUUAGUGGAGUUAACAAAUGUAUUGAUCUUUUUUAUUGGUCUUUGAAGAUUUCUUAUGUGGAGGAUUAGUUAGGUGGAUGUUUUUUGAGAGGUGAUUGCCAAUGGACAGUGAAGAUCAUAGAGGGCAGGGGUUCAUGGUUUUAUGCAAAUGGGAGAUGUUACAUUUCUGCUUUGGAUUCCAUUGCAAAGUUAUUAAAGAAAGAAGCUGUCUUGGAAUGAGUUGGACUGUUAAGGAUAAGGAGAUCAUUUUUGGGUUUAAUUAGCGGAAAUAAGAACAGAAGUGCUGCUUUCUCUAAAUCAGACUUGUUGAGCAAUAUCUGGCUGGUUACAAGGACAGAAAAUUGUUCACAGCAGGUGAUGGAAGAGCAAAAGUAAGUAAAUUUUGUGAGUGCUGAAUGUGAACAGCAAGUGGUUGGUCUCUGUGCCAUUGACAAGCAAGGCAAGUGAUUUCAUUUCUAGGACAUCUAUUAGCCAUCUUUAGGAGGGAGUGAAGAUACAGGUUACUAUUUGGUUUUCUCUAGAGUUGGUUUCCUCCAUCACAUAUACCUAGCCUAUCUUACCUUUUUUUGACAUGUAUUUUUUCCCUUUAAACUCUAUGUUAAGAAAAUAAGAAAGUUGUUUGCAUGUCUUCUGCAGCAAGGGUGCAGUUACAGUUGGUCUGCCCCCAGCUUGGGUGGAUGUAUCUGAAGAAAUAGCGGCAAAUGUGCAACGUGCACGGACAAAAAUGACUGAGUUAACAAAGGCUUAUGCAAAGGCUUUAAUGCCUUCAUUUGGUGAUGGUAAAGAAGAUCAACGUAAUAUUGAAGGUCUUACCCAGGAAAUAACUAAUCUGUUGAAGAAAUCAGAGAAGAGAUUACAGAAACUCUUUGCAGGCGGUCAUUCAGAGGAUUGCAAUAUCAGGAAAAAUGUCCAGCGCUCACUCGCUACAGACCUUCAGAACCUUUCAAUGGAGCUCCGUAAGAAACAGUCAACUUAUCUGAAGCGCCUCAGGCAACAAAAAGAGGGUCAAGAUGGGGAUGAUUUAGAGAUGAAUCUAAAUGGAAGAUCUAGAAUGGAAGAUGAUGAUUUGGAUGACAUGGUCUUUAAUGAACAUCAGAUGGCAAAGCUCAAAAGAAGUGAGGCAUUUACUGCAGAAAGGGAAAGAGAGAUCCAACAGGUUGUGGAAUCUGUAAAUGAGCUUGCUCAGAUUAUGAAGGAUCUGUCAGUCCUUGUGAUUGACCAGGGAACCAUUGUUGAUCGGAUAGACUACAACAUUCAGAAUGUUGCAACCACAGUUGAAGAAGGCCUCAAACAGCUGCAGAAGGCAGAAAGAACUCAAAAACAAGGAGGAAUGGUGAUGUGUGCUACUACCCUUGUUAUUAUGUGCUUUGUCAUGUUGGUCCUCCUAAUCCUCAAGGAGAUAAUCGUGUGAUCCACAAGCAUGCUCUUCCCCUUCUCACUUUCAUUCUUAUCACCUGAAGGCCCCCUUCUAUGUAACACGAUUCAUAGUCAGUUUCUGCCGAACAAAAGGAUGCAGGAGUUUUGAAGUUCCCCACUUGACACAUACAAGAUUAAAAGACAUUAUCUACAUAUUUGUUUUCUCUCAUUGUUCUUUUGAAGAAUUUCUGGGAUGAAGGUGGCCGGCGCUGGUUGCUUGCUUAUGAAGGAAUGCACCAAAGUUUUAUAGGGCUUAUGCAUUUGAUUUUGUUCGUUAAGCAGGGUCCUGAUAAUGAUUCUUUGUGGGAGUUUUCUAGCUGAUUCUGACGCCCAUAAACGAGACUGCAUAUUAGUUUGUAUCAAUUUUUUGGAUAGGAUAAACUAUGGCAUAUACAUCAUCAGAUUUGUUAUACAAAUUCUUGUUCAACAUCUUGAAGAAUUCCCAUGGACUGACACUGUUCAAUUCGGAAAGCAUGACAUGGAUAUGAA